UUCGUUUCUAGACACUUGGCGCACGUGUUGGCGAAUUCCACAAGAAAAGUGCAUGUUGAAGACUGGAUUAAAAAGCAAAACAAUUUUGCGCUGCUUAUAUCAACGAAGUGUUGUGUGGUGCGGUUUGCCAUAUAUAAGUUAAAGUUGAUUACUAGUGGAUUUGAAGGACUUGGUAGGCAUUGCAAAGUCAAAUGGGGAUUCAAAAGAAAAAGGGAACAUCAGGGGCUGCGACAACCUUUGUUUCACGAGGAAAGGCAAUCAAAAAGCUCCAGCUUUCUCUCAAAGACUUCAGGCGGCUAUGUAUUCUCAAGGGAAUUUAUCCAGUAGAGCCGAAGAACAAGACAAAAGCUGGAGGACCUACCAAGACAUACUACCUCGCCAAAGACAUACGAUUUUUGGCCCAUGAACCCAUCAUAAGUAAAUUUCGGGAGAUGAAAAUCUUUGCCAAGAAACUGCGAAAAGCUAUAGAUAAAAGGGACGCUGAGAGAGAACGAACUAUCCGAAACAAUGAACCCACAUACCGACUCGAUCAUAUCGUCAAGGAAAGAUACCCAACGUUUCUGGACGCGAUUCGCGAUUUGGACGACGCCCUAUCAAUGUGCUUUUUGUUUGCUACAUUGCCCAAGUCGGGUUUGUACAAAAGUGAAUUACUGCAACUUUGCCGGAAAUUGACUGUCGAGUUUAUGAAUUAUGUGAUUGAAUCCCGAUCACUUGUAAAGUGCUUUAUUUCUAUCAAGGGUUUCUACUAUCAGUGCCUGAUACAGGGUACGCCCGUCACGUGGGUUAUACCUCACAGUUUUCCUCAACGCGGCGAUGAAGUCGAUGCAAGAAUAAUGUCAACGUUUACAGACUUUUACGUAACGAUGCUGGGCUUUGUGAAUUUCAAGCUAUAUAAUUCGAUAAAUCUUGUAUAUCCACCCCAGCUCGCCGUUGACAAAAUAUCCAAGCUGGAUAAGGAACUUUGUGAAGGAGAGGAUCCGAAAAAUGACUAUCUUGAAGCUCUGACUACCUGUCUCAAAGCUGUAGUAACGGAUGCGGAUGAGGAAACAAAGAUGGACAACUUUGACGAUGCGGACGCCAAAUGUGUUCAGGAUAGUGCUGUAGCGGAUCAGCAUUUUCGAGACCUGUUUUCGGGGCUUAAGGUUUUUCUCAAUCGAGAAGUUCCUCGGGAGCCCUUCACAUUCGUACUUAGAUCUCUAGGCGCGCAGGUUUCGUGGGAUGUUUACACCUUCCCUGGCGCCUCAUUUGACGAGAAGGACACGUCUGUAACACAUCAGAUCGUUGACAGGCCACUUGUUGCGAAUAGAGUUCUCAACAGGUACUAUAUCCAACCGCAGUGGGUAUUUGAUUGUGUCAACGCGCGGCGUUUGCUCCCUGUCGAAAAUUAUUUUCCUGGAGUCGAAUUGCCGGCGCAUUUGUCGCCUUUCGUCGAACGAAAGGAGGGCACGUAUGAGCCGCUAAGCAAAGAGGAGAUGCAAAAGAAAGUGGAGGAGUUUGAACAGCAAGUGCGAAAGGAACAAAAAUAUGAAGAUGAGAAAGACAGUGAAGAUAUGGAUGCUGAAGAGAACUUGUCAUGUCUUGAGGUCACCAAGAAGGAAAACAGCACUAGCGUCAAAAAGCAAAAGGGUUUAAAAGCUACACAAGGUGAUGGUGACCUGAAAGUGAAAAGAGGAAAGUAUGUCAAGGUCGAUACGGAUCGCGAACAGGCACGGUUAAAAGCAGAAGAACGCCGUUUAGCGGUGAUGAUGAUACCGAAAAAGAACAAGCGGCUCUUCGACCAGAUUCAGAAAAAAAAACGAAUCGAAAGACACGAGGUGAAGAAACUUGAGGACAAACGAGAGAAAAUUAUCCAGGCCAAGGCGGCUUUCAAGGCCAAGGCGAUUUCGAAACCGAAUCUGCAAUAAAGUGCCGGCAGACAUCCAGGGAGCGGACCGUGUAUGCCUAUUAUCAUUGUUAUUAACGAAGCGUCAUCAUCUUCGUCAUCUGAAAAGAUAAAUUUAAAGAGAUCUGCCGGUGGUGGUGUCUUAGCUUCUUCUUCGUCGAUGAGAUCAUC